UGAUCCAUGGAAUGCCAUAGAAUUACCGUUCAUUGCCGAAGAUAUGGUUCAAGAGAUCGUAGAAUCAGAAGAAACUUUUGAGGAUAUCGAGAUGCUUCUUGAGGAGUACGAGGAAGAUUUGGGUCAGUUAACAAAAACUAAUGCUGCUGUACCGCAAACAAAUGAGGUAGUCAGUAACAGCAUACUCAACAUCGAGGCUGCUGCAGACGAGUCAUUUAUUCCCGAAAGUGAAGUUCUUGGGAUAAUCAAUCCAAUUCUGAUGGAUGAUCAGAAUUGCGUAGACUGUAAAAUUAAAACGGCAGAGUGUGUUAUGAUUCCUUCUCUUCAUUUUAAUUUAUGUUAUACAUGUACAACACAAAAACUUCAGCAACUACAAAGACAAGGAAUUUCAUAUAUAACUUGUCUAUCAUGUGGACACAUUGUACGCGAACCAGUAUAUAUACAACCUUGACAUGAUUAAAAAAAAAAAAUUAUAAUUUUUAACAAUUUAUGACAGCUAAAAUUUAGUACUUUUAUAAUUGCGUACAAUGCAUUUACUCAUUUUUAAU